CUUCUCCCUGAAGGCACUGAAAAGUGAAAAAACACACACACACUCGCACUAAGAAAGUGAGCUACUAUUAAAUUCAUCAUACCUUACAUUCAUUCAUUCAUUCCCAUUCCUUCCCGCCCUAAAUUUUGGGAUUCUCGAAUCUUCUUCGCUAAGCCCAUUCGAAAAUGGUGCCAUUCCUCUCCUUCGCAUUCUUCUUCUUCUUCACCAUGGCAUCGAGUGGCUAUGCUUGGGUUGGCGUGAACUGGGGAACCAUGGCGACUCACAAGCUUCCACCUGAGAAGGUGGUGAAGAUGCUCAAUCAAAAUGGGAUCCAAAACCUCAAGCUGUUUGAUGCUGAUUACCGGAUUAUGGCUGCAUUGAUGGGGACUCAAAUCCAGGUCAUGGUUGCAAUUCCCAAUAUCAUGUUGGAUCAGAUUAGUCACAGUCCUGAAAUUGCUGAUUCUUGGCUUUAUGAAAAUGUCACCAGUUAUUUGUACACUGGUGGCGUCAAUAUCAAGUAUAUUGCGGUGGGUAAUGAGCCUUUCCUUAAAGCAUAUAAGGGAAACUAUCUCAAUAAAACUCUGCCAGCUCUAAAGAACAUACAGAAGUCAGUGGAUAAUGCUGGGCUGAGUUCAAAGAUUAAGGUCACUGUUCCAUUCAAUGCUGACAUUUACUAUUCACCAGACUCAAAUCCAGUGCCAUCAGCUGGUGACUUCAGGCCUGAAGUACGAGACCUCAUCGUUGAAAUCAUCCAGUUCUUGUAUUCAAACAAUGCACCUUUUGUUAUCAACAUCUACCCUUUCCUUAGUCUAUAUAGCAACGAUCACUUCCCAUUGGAUUUUGCAUUUUUUGGUGGGAGCAAAAUGCCACUCAGGGAUGGUAAUAACACACUCUACACAAAUGUGUUUGAUGCAAACCUUGAUACCCUUCUGUGGGCUCUUGACAAGGCAGGGUAUCCUGACAUGAAGGUUAUAGUUGGAGAAGUUGGUUGGCCAACUGAUGGUGAUAAGAAUGCUAAUGCCCUGAAUGCAAAGAGUUUCAACCUGGGCUUGAUUAAACAUGUUCUGAGUGGCAAAGGCACCCCUAAAAGGAAAGGCAUAAUUGACUUGUAUCUGUUUAGCCUCAUUGAUGAGAAUGCCAAGAGUGUUGCUCCUGGGAACUUUGAGAGGCACUGGGGGAUUUUUGAGUUUGAUGGCAAGCCAAAGUAUGAAUUGGACAUAACAGGUAAAAAUAAGGAAAAGGGACUGAUCCCUGUGGAAGGUAUAAAGUACCUGGAAAAGAAAUGGUGUAUAUUGGAUCCAGAUGCUACUGACUUGGAUAAUUUGGCUAAUAGUAUUGACUAUGCUUGUAGCCAAUCUGAUUGUACUUCCCUUGGCUAUGGCUCAACUUGUAACAAUCUAAGUGUCCAAGGGAAUGCUUCUUAUGCCUUCAAUAUGUACUAUCAAGUGCAUAAUCAAAGGGAUUGGGACUGUGAGUUCUCUGGCUUGGCUAUCAUAACAGAUGAGGAUCCAUCAGAAAAGGAUUGCCAAUUCCCUGUGAUGAUCUCUCGUGGUUCUUCUUUUCUACUUCAUGGAGGACAUUCAGACAUUCUAAAGAAAGCUGUGGAGGUUUUAAUUUUUGUGGUGUUUUUGCUCUAGCUGACAGAUUUAGGAAGGAAUGCAGUACAUAAAACGUGUUCGUCACAGAUAUAGUUUUUCUAUUGAUUACCUUUAGGAACAUGCUAUGAACGUGUAAAGUUCUUUUCAUUCUGUAAAGAAUUCAUGGACUCCAGCAGGACUUCAGCAAGACAGUUUGGAACAUUCCUGUUACAUUUUUUUUAACUAUAAAUUGCUCUUCUUUCUGAUCUCUCCUUAUAUAUUUGUCACGCUAGAUUUUGAAUUUUGAAAACAAUAAUGUUGGUGCAUUUUGUGGGUUCUUGGGUUUCAAACUUGGUCUGUAAUUUUUUGAAGUGUUUCUCUG